CCUUUUCUCCCCUCCCCUCUCUGGUUUAUUGAACGCUGCUAGACAGACAAGAUGGUGCAGCCGCUGUCACGUGCCGACAGGAUGAGCUACCUUCACGCCUCACAUCAGGUGGGCGGCCGUGCACAGACAGACGUGCAGACGGAGCAGUCAGGCUGAGUCUGCGGAUGUUCUAUGUAUGUGCUAUCAGUAAGUACAGUACAUCAUGCCUGUGUGUGUUUGGUGUGGUGAUGUGCUCCAGCUCAUCCUGCCCGCCUACCUCAAGGCGGUGGAAGAACAGGUACAUCUGUGGCAGCACGUGUGGCAGCAGCAGCAGCAGCACAGGACAUUUGAUGUCAUCCUGCGUGCGGGCGUUGGCGUUGCAUGAUGAUGGAUUUGCACUGACAUGGCCACAGAUGGAGGUGUUGGAUCUUCAGCUGCCGCCGUUCCCAUGGCGAGUCGGCUCACCUGCAAUGGACCGGUUCCCCGAGUACUUCAGGGCAGAUCCCGCCGGACUCGCACAGAGCAAAGUCCUCACAGAGUCCACACUCGCGGCAGCCACCAUCAUCCCGGCAGACAAGGCCGCCCUCCCGCCACUCUUUCCCCCGCCCCUGUUCCUCGAGGCGCUGCGGCUGGAAACGACAGAGACGCUCACAAGCCAGGUGUUCCGCUUCCACCCCUCCCUGCUGAGAGCGAGGGACGUGUUGGUCUACAGAUACAAGGCCCUGCACCCCCACCUGAGGAACCUGUUGUCCAAGCAGCGAGCUGCGUUGCCUCGUGCGGCAGUGGAGGCCUUCUACAAUGCGUGGAAGGAGUUUGAGCAGAAGUUUCUCGAGGAGAAGGAGACACAUGCUGUGGUCAGUCUGUCGGGCGGCAGCAAGCUUGUCGAAGCUUGUACUUUGACUGACGUACUCUCUCUCUGUCGCGAUUUUCAGGAGGCGCUCAUGCCGUUGGCGGACUGUCUUCUGCAGCUGGAGCCGCUUCUCGUGUCCAAGAAGAAAGAAGGUGCACGCGACUGACUCCAAUGGGCUGGCUUAUGGGUGACAGACAGUGGAUGUGAUGUCGGUGUCUCUUCGCGUGCAGCCAUUUUGCCAUGGCCUCGGGUGCAGCACCAGCGCAUCUCCACACUGAGAUGUCAGCCACCAUGGCAACACACACGGCACAGCUCAAAAGAGACAGACAUGCUGUGAUGUCUCAACCCUCCCAUCCAUCCAUCAGGUCUGGAAGGCUUCUGCAAGACGGUGGAGGUGCUGGUGGUGUACAUCCUCGGCACGUCCAAGGGGAAGCAGCCCACUGACCAGGACCCCAAACUCAUCGUAAAGAUGCACACACCACACCAUAAGCAGGGAUACCCACCUACUUUAUCCUCGAUCGUCAGGUCAUGACAGAGGCGAUUGUUCAGCAUGCGAAGCGAGUAGAGACAGAGGGCGCUGGACCGCACGGCAGUCCCUCUGCGGAUGCCACAUCCUCGUCUGAUGCAGCCUCGUACGCGGACAUCAUUAAGAUGCCCGCAGACAGGCUCAAAAUGCUCGCGGAAAACCCCAAAGUGGACACGACACGAGACACACACCAACCAGUGAGAAUUGAGAUACACACAUGUUGGUUUGUUUGGUUCAUUCAGUCGUUGGCGUUGGCUGAGGAGAUGGUUCGUGUGUUCAAUCUGCUGAUCAACCACUUCCUCGCCUGCAGAGACCAGCUGGAGAAAAUGAACCCAAACCUGGUCGGUCUGUCUGUCUACUACAUCAAUUACCCUCUCACUCACGUCAUGUGGCCACACACUCCUCGUGUGCUGGUGUUGGUGUGGGGUGUUCAGGAGCAGAACGAGGAUUUGGUUCGUGUGUUGCGGCGGUACCACGUCACGUUUGCCAAGUGCCAGAGGUCAUUCCUCGAGCCAUUCAACCUUGUCUGAG